CCAAUAGCAUAGUAACCUAGAAAACGGGGACAGCAGCGUCGGUUCAUCCGAGCUGACCUUUUCCGCGGCAGUCGACGGAGAAGAGAACAGAGAGAGAGAGAGAGAGAGAGAGCAAGCAUAGAGCAGAACGAAGAGAUGUCGCAAGUAGCAGCAAGGCUUCUUCUUCUUCUUCGCCCAAUCAGGGCUUCUCUCCACUCAUCACUCUCCUGCUCUAAAGCUCCCCAGUUUGUUCGCGUACAGUCGUGGAUUAAGGGCCUGGAAGCUGGUCCUCUUGCCCGGCCGGCAGCAUUUGGCCAUAGAUUCCUCGGCCGGAGGUCGUUCGAUACGAGGAAUUUUUGUCGCCGAGGUGGGAAAGUCGGCGUUGGAAGUGCUUUCGGGGCCUCAGUCAUAGUCGGAAUAGUCACCUUUCUGCCAGAGGUCACGUACUCUUUUGACGAUGAGCAUGAAGAGUGGGUGGGAGCUUCAGAUGAGGAAUAUGAUCAGAAAGUUUUCUGGACUUUCGCCGGAAAAAUCUGGCUCCCCGUCAUUUUCACUCUCACGGUGUUGUUGAACUUGGAUCACCCUAUGCAGCUAGUAUUGAAAGUCAUUCUCUUCCUUUUUAGCACAAGGCCGAGCCCUUCAUCAGUUUACCUUUUCAUUGAACAGAUGCGUUGCCGAUCUAUGCUCCGAGAACCCCACAUUUCUAGAUUCAAGUCUCUAUAUGCCAGCAAAGUUGAAAUCUGCGAUUAUAAAUUACUCUGUCUCGCGCGGGUCGAUAUGAGAGGCCAGAAACUUACUUUGGUCGGAAUUCUUGGGGGCUGGUGGAAGCUGUCGCUAUCUCCUGGGAAUGGGUCAUGCUUAGUUUCGAAAUUAUACCAAAGAUUAUCUCAGUAAGCCGUUCAGAGCAUGGAGAUUGGUAUCAAACUUAUGCACCCGCCCCCAGUUCAACUCAAGACAGCAGGUAGUAUUCUUCAAGGCCCGAGUCCAGGUGUUCAGAGGGCCUGCAGAACAUCCCUCCUGACUCUGGGAAGUAGAUGAGGGUGAUGGGCAGAGUACAGACGAUCAUCACGAGGCCCAUGAGAGAGAUGCUCGUCUGCUUCGAGAGCCCGGAGGACCCUGAGAACAGCAGCAGCUGGGUCACGACUGCUCCUAUGGUACCUCCGCUCCCUGUCAUCCCCGAUAUAACUCCCAGAGACCUGCAAUAAUUUCACUUCAGUAUCUUCAUUAUCUUAUAGAAUGUACAGAGAAAGGAUGCUGUGUAAAGAGAGUAAAUACAGUUAUCUUUGUGACCACGCGAAGCAAUGCAUCUGAAAUCGCUUACUCUGCUAACUGGAAGCGGGGCAGAUCAUGCCUUUUUUUCCCGAUUCUUUAGCACCUUUCGUUCUUCCGAAAUGGGGGUGGAAGUUUUGCAAUUAAUAAUAUGUUUGCAAUCUUCAUCUA